CCCCCUUCCGGGCUCCUUACAGAAGUGUGCGCAGCUCCAGUAGACCUCUGCGGAAAGAGGACUGAGGUGACGCCGUGGUUUUAGCGUCCAGUAACAAUGUAACACUUUUGGGUAACCUGUCGACCAAAUACUAACUCUUUAUUUUGAGCAAGGUGAAUCUAAUUUGUCAUCAUGCUUUUCACUGAGCGCCCUUCCUUGGAGCGGAGUUUACGCACGGCAGUUUUGGCACUACUGCUUUGCGCGCAGGCCAGCUUUGGCUUCUCAGUCGCCGGACAGCAGGAAGGCACCUGCGAGGCCAACGGCAGCAUAUACUUCUUGGGGGAAUGGUAUUUUCUGGACUCCGAUCACUGCACCCAAUGUGAAUGCACCACUGAGGGCUCCGCGUGUUCCCGCACAGAGUGCAUCUCCCUCCCGGCUGCGUGCAUCCAUGUCAGCCACUACCCCACCGACUGCUGCCCCAGGUGCGAAAAGAUCGGGUGUGAGUACCGAGGAGUGGUGUACGAGCUGGGGCAGACCUUCCAGCCAUCAGAAUGUGAGCAGUGUACUUGUGACAAUGAUGGCAUCGCCCGCUGUCUGGUUGCAGAUUGUGCCCCUCCGCCAUGCGUCAACCCUCUCUACCAGGCUGGGAAAUGCUGCCCAGAAUGCAGGGAGGGUCCUAACUGCUACGUCGAUGCAUCACGCAACCAGGUGAUCCCUGCAGGAGAGCCCUUCUGGGUCGACUCCUGCACCAAGUGUCGUUGUCACGAUGGUCAGGACGCCGGCUACUGGGAGGGAAACCGUCUCGCCACCUGUUCCCGCCUCAAAAACUGUACUCCAGAACAACCAUCCACCAAGAAAAACUGAUUCACUCUGUCAGCAGAGAACCAGCUGUUACCCUAAAAUACACAAUCCCUGAUGGCUGAUACUCCUUCCAUCUCUAAGAACAUGCUGAACCCUCCCGUGCAGCUGAGAUAGAAAAUAGAGCUGCCAUUACACAAGGAAUUCUUUUAUCCAAGGUUUCUGUAAUACUGAUAAGACUUACUGAGUUUGUCACUUUGGUGGACAAGGCUGGCCCACUAACAGGCCUCGGCUGCAUAUUGCAAACACGGUCUAAAUUCAAGGCUAAGUUACAGACCGGUCAAAGCUCCAGGUUCUCUGCAUGUCAGUGGGUUUCUAGCAAUUUGAUUAUAAUCCAAAUUUUUGGUUCCGUCACAUAGACAGCCUCUUACUCAAUAUGAACUUCAUUAAUUUAGUUUAAAUCGUGGUCCAUGGCGCAUAUUCCAAAAUUAGUUUAGUCAAAUAACCACAAGCUAAUAAUCACAAACUAACCCCUUGCGGCCAGGUACACAAUGCAUAGUGGGUGGUUGGUGGAAGAUCCAUAUACCCUCUAAUACCUUAAUUCGGCUUUACUUAUAUGUAACAAAGACUGGAUAAGACUUAAUCCUGCUAUAGCUAAGAAGAUGAAUUGUAGUCCUUGAAAACCACUGAAAACAGUGAAUUUAUGAAGGACAAAUUGAUUAAAACUCUCUCCAUUCAGUAAUAUGGACUGCGGUGAUGUAAAUAUAAGAUGUUUGAUUUACAGGGCCUUAAUCCCUAAGCAUACUGUAAUGUCCGUACUCCUACUGAAAACAUCAUAAUCAAACAUAUCUGACAGGAACUAUAACAAACCAACACCCUUGAAAGGUGACCACACUCCAGAUAUUGACCCUUUUAUAUUUUAUCUGCCUGUCCACAGUUUCUUCAAAAUUGUUUUAAAAGAGGGAGACUAUAGCUUUUAUAGAAGCAAGUUACCCAGGAAGCAUAUUUUUAAUUUCCAGACCCCUGCUUUGGGAAACAACUGGCAACACAACAAAGCCAAUGAGAUUAUUGGAUGAUAACGAAUCGUAAUUGACCUGUCACGGGUUGAUGCACCAGCCAAAUGUAUGCACAGCUGUGAUGCAAUUUCGACUAGGAAAUGGCUCAGCGAAGUAAUUAACAAUUUAUAACUGUCCUGUAAAUUCUGCAGUUCAAUAUCCAGGCUAAUUGAAAUAUAACGUAUGAGACUAUGGUCUAACAUAUGACUGUACAGUAGUUGUAGACAAGAGCAAUGUUUGAAAAAAAGGGUUAUUUGUGCAUGUUAACUGUAGAGCAGGAAAAACAAUGUAAUUAACUGCUUUAUUAAUUUUUCACUAGAAAUAAUGCGUAGCCUUUCUUCAAAUCAGCCCUCCUCGUUAUCUCCACUGUUAUCAAAGUGUACAGUUGUCAUCAGUGUAUGAUGAAAAAUAAGUGUAUUGUCAUUUUAUAUCUGCAGAAGAUCUUUCUCCUCUGUUAUUUGUCAUUAUCUACCGCUUUAAUCUUGAGGGACCUUUGAAUGAAAACCAAAAAUAAUCUUGUCUUGUUUCAUGUUUAUGUGCAGUGUUAAAGCCUGCAAUGGCAUUUACUCCCAAGCUGCUGCUGUAUAUCAUUACAACAGACGCGUUUCACUGACUUGAAUCGCCACGAAAAGCUUCUUUAAGCAAGGUUUGGGAUUAAGUUGAAACAUUUAGUGUUAUUAACACCUUUAAAAUCUAAUUUUAUCAGGAGACUUUAUGAAUAAUAUGCUCUUUCUGUAUUCACAUUUUCGUGGCGUGAGUAGUAUUCAACAGUAUUCAGAAUAAGAAUAUUGAAAGUAACUGAAGGCUGUUCUAUAGUUAUGCUCUUAGUUACCGAAUAAACAGAAAGAAUAGUUUGACAUUA